CAAAGGGAGACCACGAGCCCCGAACCCAGGACACCCGGCUCCCAGUUCGGCGCAACUCUCCCACUUGCACGAGGUCGGCGUCCAACUCCAGUCGGAACAGGAUUGGCACCUCGGUGAAAAUCUGACCAGCUAUCCUUCAGGUCUCCAGGCUCAGACCGGUGAGCAGAUCCACUGGUUCUACCAUGUUUCUCCUUCUCCUUGGCCUGAUGGCUGGGACCUGCCUCUCCUCCCUUGUACCAGAGAAGGAGAAGAAUCCUCGGUACUGGAGGGAACAGGCCCAGCAGACCCUCCAACAUGCCCUGAAACUCCAGAACCUCAACACCAACAUAGCCAAGAACGUGAUCUUGUUUCUAGGGGAUGGAAUGGGGGUGUCCACUGUGACCGCUGCCCGGAUCCUCAAAGGCCAGCUUCACCACACACUUGGAGAGGAUUUCCAGCUGGAGAUGGACAAGUUUCCCUUCGUGGCUCUGUCCAAGACAUACAACACCAAUGCACAGGUUCCUGAUAGCGCUGGCACGGCCACAGCCUACCUCUGUGGAGUAAAGAGCAACGAAGGCACUCUUGGUGUGAGUGCUGCUGUCACCCGAUCUCAGUGCAAUACCACAAAGGGCAACGAGGUCACCUCCAUCUUACGCUGGGCCAAGGAUGCUGGAAAAUCUGUUGGCAUUGUGACCACCACCCGAGUGAACCAUGCUACGCCUAGUGCUGCCUAUGCCCACUCUGCUGAUAGGGAUUGGUAUUCUGACAACGAGAUGCCCCCUGAGGCCUUGGACCAGGGCUGCAAGGACAUAGCCUACCAGCUGAUGCACAAUAUCCCAGAUAUUGAGGUAAUCAUGGGUGGAGGUCGGAAAUACAUGUUUCCUAAGAAUACAACUGACGUGGAAUAUGGGGAUGACGAGAAGGCAAGAGGAACAAGGCUGGAUGGGCAAGUCCUUGUUGAUGUCUGGAAGGACAAGAAGCCUCGGAACAAGAAUGCCCACUACGUUUGGAACCGCAUGCAGCUGCUGGAACUGGACUUGAGUCGUGUAGACUUCCUCCUAGGUCUCUUUGAGCCAAUGGAUAUGACGUAUGAACUCAACAGAAACAACCAGACAGACCCAUCGCUGAGCGAGAUGGUGGAGGUGGCCAUCAAGAUCCUGAGGAGGAACCCCAAGGGCUUCUUCCUGUUGGUAGAAGGCGGCAGGAUUGACCACGGCCACCAUGAGGGAAAAGCCAAACAGGCAUUGCAUGAGGCGGUAGAGAUGGACCGGGCCAUUGGGCGUGCUGGCACCCUGACCUCCUUGGAGGACACUCUGACUGUAGUCACAGCAGACCACUCCCAUGUCUUCACCUUUGGAGGCUACACCCCUCGCGGAAACUCCAUCUUUGGGCUUGCCCCCAUGUUGAGUGACACAGACAAGAAACCCUUCACGUCUAUCCUAUAUGGAAAUGGACCUGGCUACAAGGUGGUGGCUGGCGAGAGGGAGAAUGUUUCCACUGUGGACUAUGCUCAUGACAACUACCAGGCCCAGUCAGCAGUGCCCCUGCGCCAUGAAACCCAUGGGGGUGAGGAUGUGGCCGUGUUCGCCAAGGGCCCCAUGGCUCAUCUCCUGCAUGGCGUCCAUGAACAAAACUACAUUCCACACGUCAUGGCCUACGCAUCCUGCAUCGGGUCCAACAAGGACCACUGCCAAUCCCGUUCAUCGGCCGGGCUGGCCCCCCAACCAGCACUGUUCGCAGGUCUUGUCACGCUUCUCCUCCUGCUCAGCCUCUUAUUCUAAGGGCAGCCAUAUAGGCCCAGGACAGCCGGCUCAGCACCCUCGCCGGGGCCCCCCGAUUCCCUUUCUGACACUGCCUUCUCCCUGGAACUUGAUGCUCAGUGGGCCCGAAGCCUCCACCCUCGUCAUCAGCCUUGCUUCUGGAGCACCUCAGGGCAAAUGUCCCAUGUCAGCAUGGGGCAGAGCGGUCAGCCGGGAGUGGCCGGAGGCCAUCCACACCCACUGCUGCUCGUGGCUAGCGGCUGCCGUGCUUCACCUUCACAAUGAAGACCUGGACGGAACUUGGGGGACCCACAAAACCAAAGUCUGAGGCUCAACUGGUCUCCCUCUCGGGGCAUGAACUUUCGGCAGAAUUCUCUGGGAGGGGAAGCGGGGAGCUCUGCAGGCCUCUUCAUCUAUCAGUCGGGUCAUGAGGCAGUGUCUGGGCCCUCUGGCCCCUGCUCAUCCUUCCCCUGCAGCUACUCCCCAGAGAAAAGCGACCAGGAUAGGCGUCCUACCCCUGGCACGUGGGUCCCCUCACCCCCAUCGUCCCCUGGGGCAGGCGCAGACCUGGGGAGAUGACCAGAGUCUCUUAUUUGGACAACAAAUAUUCUUCUCUUGCCCUGAAGGGUGCGCAUGGUUUCUCCCUCACCACAUGGUGUGCAUCAGAUUGCUCACUCUUGCCCUGGGGAGUCACUUUGCCCCUUCCUCGUCCCCUUUUUAGCCCGUGAGACACUUGAUUUCAUCGGGAGGGCGAGUGGUACCUGCAGAGGGCCUAGCUUGUACUCCCUGGCAGCCCCAGGCCAUGCUGGUCCCUUGGGCUUAGGCCCAGGUAUUGGGGAUAUACUUGGUCCCAAGAGAGGGGCAGAUGGAGACUCCCACAAUCCUUUCUAGACCUUAUGCCCCUGCUCCACCUCCAGGAGGAAUAGAGGGACGAGGAGGACCUGGCCCAGUCCCCCCCCUGCCUUCGUCCUUGUUGAUGCCCCUCAGGUCACGCUAUGAGGCUGGAAGUGGACGUGAGGGUCAGGGACUGGACCCAGCAGUGACUUGGGUCAGACAGACUCCCCCUUUCUUCCCCCCUCCCCCCACUUUAGUCCCGAUCAUGGGCUCGGCCCUCCUUCUUAUGAAGAGCAGGAAGACCCAGGAUCGCCGGAGUGGCAAGAGAGGCGCAGAUGACCCUGGCCAGGGAGGGAGGGUUCACUGAGGUGAGGAGGGGAGGAACAGGGAUGGCACGGGGCUUCUGGGACAGACAUCUCUCUUCUUCCUUGUUGCUGUUUUUUGCCAUUUUUAAUCCCCCACAAAGUCCUGUUAAUAAAAAUUUUUCCAAAA